GUUCCGUAGUAUGCGGCUUGGUCAUCUGUACCAGUGCAGUAUACAGCUCAUUGUUGGAAACUAUCGAUCUAUUCAUUUGUCAACAUGGUAUUUGCUUACCGCUUAUGUAUUCUUGUGCUGCUCCAUCCACUGAUAAUUGCUUAUCUAGCUGGUAAGUAGACAAACUCGGCUGCCGUUUGUUCACAUAUUACAUACUCUGCUUGCUAGUAGGCCUAAUACCUUUUUGAAUGACGUUAUAGGUGGUAAAUAGCAUAUAGCUAAAUCGUUAUGCCACGGCACGAAAUUUUAACCGUCCAGUUAUCAAUUUAGGAUCAGUUUACCUUUCUUCUUGAGGCCUCUGGCAAAUAGGCCUUUUCGAUUGAAAUGUAAAUGCUGUUAUCGUAGACCACGAACUGCUGUUAAAUAAAACAAAUACAUGUGGGCCGUAAAAUAUGGCGUUUCAUGGUGGUGUUGCAGGAAAUUGGUUUGGAACAUAUCUCAAAGAACGUAAACAAAAAUUACAGGAACCACUGAGUAUUUUGAUAAAAUACAAAACAAUAUAGAUACUCCGAAAAUUGAAAGCAUUUUGAAAUUUUUUUCAAAAAUAAAUAAAUUUUCAAAAGAAAUAAUUUUUCAAAAUGCCUUCAAUUUUCGGAGUAUCUAUUGUUUUGUAAACAAAAAUGUUUUGUUGAUGGCCAUUUUUCGAGAAAUCGUUCACAUGGAUGUGGAGUUCCCCAGGGAACUACAUAUAGGAUAAAAGCCGAAUGGGAGGAGGGUCUUUCGUUGAAAUUCAAGACACGAAUCUGAUGAAGCAACAGGUAGAUGACUUUGCAUAUCUUUAGCUUUAUCCAGAAUUCUAUUUAAUAUGACAGACUUCAUGAUCAGCUUUAAGUUAAGCAUGCAAUAAUUAUUGCUUGUAGGGAUCUUAUUUUAACGUUCUGAGAUUUUUUGGAGGGUUCCUGUAUUACUGGCCAUGUGUUCAGUGUGUUGUGACCCACUCGGUUAGUCUGAUAAACUGGUUUGUCUGUGAACUGGAUAAUCUUGGAACAGGUCCCAAAACUUAUGCUUGACACAAAUUUUAUUAUAAUGCAACUCAAUAUAUUAUGCUGUGGUCAGGGGCACAUAUCCAAAGUUGUUAUUUUUUCGGGGAGGGGGUCACCUCUCCUCUAAUGUUUGCGAAUGGCCUAAAAAAAUGUAAAGCAUUAAGUGGCUUUGACCCACCUUACAACACCAAAAAAAAGAAUAUAUAUUUUUUGUAUAAUACCUUAUUGAAUUCUGAUUGUUUAAUUGGCUGUUUAUGGUCACGUGAUCUUGAAUAGAAAAUUCCAUUUCCCAAGAGUGCAAUGGAAUAUGUUCCAUUGCACUCUUGCGAGUGCAAUUGUACUAUACGUUUUAUUCCAUUGCACUCUUUGUGUUUUUUAUCAAUCGCAUCCGUCAAAAUGCUUCUCGUACGGUGAUCGCAGUUUAUUUUUACCCGAUAUUCGAAACUCAGUAAAUGGGAUUUAAUGCAAAUACGACUCGUCAAAAUGGCGGGAGCCACGCUACCAUUAGGCGUGCGAUUUUUUUCAUGUUUGUUUACGUUUCAAACGUUCAGGCUUUGACCGGAAAACGUUAACGUUUUGAGCAAGCCAAUCAACGUUUGGCGGUGUGUUCAAUGAAACUUUGAACUUUCGUGGCAAACGUUGAUUGGCUUGCCAAAACGUUAACGUUUUCCGAUCAACACCUGAACGUUUAAAACGUAUACAAACAUGAAAAAAAUCGUACACCUAAUGGUAGCUUGCAAACAACAGUAAUGAAUGUUAUUUUAUUCGUGCAAUGGUAAGAAUUCACCUCAUAAAAAUAUUCUUACCAUUGCACUCAUAAACAUUCAUUAUUUGUAUAAUAUACAAAUUUGGUUGCAAAUAAACCAAGUUACCAAGUUAGUACAUAAUUUUAAAUUAAAUAUCUAUUGCUGAGUUAGGGUAGUUCCUCAAGAAAAUUUUUGAAGUUUUGAAUGCUUCGGUGUAAAAUGUCUGCAUUUUUUGACAGGUAUACUUAGGUAAACAAUAUCUAGAUUCACUAUAGAAACUCGAUAUUCUUCCAAUCAGUGUCGGUGACGCCGAAUACGAAAUACAGCUCUAUAGUGUGGUCCAGUGGGGCAUGCUCCACAGGAAAUAAAUUGUAAACUAGAGUCCUAUAAAUGUACAGCACCGGUAGACAUAUCAUGGUUUGUAACAGCUCCAAUCCUUUCCAUUAAAAGAAAAUUGGCAGCGUCAUUUUGUGUACCUAGAAAACCAGCCUGGAGGAAAACAAUAUUGCCUACAUUGUCUACAUUGUCUACAAUCAAUCGAAUGUUCUUAUAAGGUGGUAGUGUCGAUGUCCACUGUAGAAUUGCCGUUGGGACUUCACUUGUGGUCGAUAUAUUUCAUGUGGAGGUCCAUCUAUACAGCCAACAGCGUCUGAAAAGGAUGACCAGUUCCCUCGUGGAGGCAUCCCACUGUUCAAUACUAUGCCAUGAAACCUGGUUAUGAAAAAAACUUCACAAAACAAGAACAAUACUAUGGAUAAUGAGUAUAAAGUUUGAAACACCUUACUGUAGACAGGUUUACAUAAAACGAUGCUUUCAGUCAGUAUUUGUAGAGUUAGCCAAAGGCUCGUACUAUUUCACGAUAUAUAAGAUGUUGAUGGGGUAUAUCGUGAGUCGUAAUUGCGCAAUUUCGGUUACCGUCAGUCGUGAAAACACUAAAAAUUUUACCGUAAAGGUGAAGAAGAAAUACUGUUUAUCGUUUCAGAACACUUUUCAGCAGAUUCAAAAGUUUUACAGUUUACUGAUUUUCAGACCCCACAUCUAGACCCUUAUAUAAAGCUGCAAGUAAUCGUUCACACAGCGUGUAACUUGAGUUGCAAGGGCGUUUCCACAGUGUGUAUAAAAAAAAGUUUAGCGUUUCAAAUUUAAAUCGAGCAUAACGCCGUAUCUAUUGAACUAUUUAUCUGACAGACUAUAUAUAAUUGCUUCGAACAAUUAGGUAGCGAGCCGUAACACAAAAGACUUUCUACUUAUGCAGGGCAUGUGCGAACAACUCAAUGAAAUACCCCGUAUACAGGGUGUCCCAAAAAACCCGAAAACUAUUGAAAUCACUAUUGUUAAAAUUUGAAUGCCCUACCAAAAAGCUGAACGUAAUGAUGCGUAAAAUAUAGACAAGGUGCAUGUAUUAAAAUUUAGUUAAAAAAUCUCCUUGUAAAGUGCGCGAUUUUCUGCUCUUGGGAAUUCAAAACAUCUUCUUAAACAGUUUCUUUAUGCAUAAAAUUUACUUAUGUCAAUCAUUUAUGCACUCGUGGGAACCAACAGAGUGCUAAGGCAUUCAAAUUCUAACAAUUAAAUAGUUAUUGGUGAUUUCAAUAGUUUUCGUUUUUUUGGGGGACACCCUGUAGUACAGACAGCAUUAAAAUGAAGUUAUAAUUGACCUCUUUUGUAAAUUAGACUUGUUUUUGUCGCGUAUCAACUUAAAACAGUUGAGAACAAUCAAAUCACUUAUAAUUAUCGUUAGUUUGAAUUUGAAAGGCUAUACUUUUUUGAUACACACUGUACAGCAUGCAAAACAAAAUACAAAUUGCACAUUGUUGUGUCCAGAUUUGUAUAGGAGUUUAACGCUUCGUUGAAAAUUACUGUGACACUCUUGGAAAUUUACAUAAUUAAAGAGGUUGUCACUAUACAGGGUGUCUCAAAAAAACCAAAAUCAUUGAAAUUGACGUAUUGUUCGAUAUUCAAUGCCGUAACACAAAGGAUUUUGACAGGGUGAUUAAUUUGUUUUAAAAAAUUAAAAUAUCUUUGUAAAGUGAACGUUUGUUUGCUCAUGGGAAUUUAAAAUGCUUCGUAAAUUGUAAUAUGCGUAAUAUGCAUUCGUGGGUUUAGUACUUUAUGCCUGACAUAACAAGUUUACGCUGAGUAUUACCAUUCAUUAUAGCAGUUAUGUCAAUCUUUUAUGCACUCGUGGGAUUAACUUAGUGCUAGGGCAUUGAAUAUCGAACAAUACGUCAAUUUCAAUGAUUUUGGGUUUUUUUGAGACACCCUACACAGGGUGUCUCAAAAAACCCCAAAAUCAUUGAAAUUGACGUAUUGUUCGAUAUUCAAUGCCCUAGCACUAAGUUAAUCCCACGAGUGCAUAAAAGAUUGACAUAACUGCUAUAAUGAAUGGUAAUACUCAGCGUAAACUUGUUAUGUCAGGCAUAAUUACUAAACCCACGAAUUUACGAAGCAUUUUUAAAUUCCCAUGAGCAAACAAACGUUCACUUUACAAAGAUAUUUUAAUUUUUUAAAACAAAUUAAUCACCCGGUCAAAAUCCUUUGUGUUACGGCAUUGAAAUUCGAACAAUACGUUAUUUCAAUGAUUUUGGGUUUUUUUGAGACACCCUGUACAGGGUGUAUAAAAAAAACGCAACCUCGGAAUUUCCCAAGAAAUCGACAUUGUUUUAAAGACAAAAGAUUUUAGGCGCCUGGGAAUUUAAAAUAGCACAACUGUCAAAAUUACUGCACUCGCGAGUGCAUAAAGAAAAAUUUAUGCAUUUAUUAUUAACAACAACAGCAAUAUGAUCUAUUAGCAAUGCGAUUUCAAUUCCUAGGGGCCUGAAAUCGUUUAUGCUUAAGAAUUGCAAAGUGAUUUCUUAGGAAAUUCCGAGGUUGCGUUUUUUUUUUGAUACACCCUGUAUACAGGGUGAGUAAAAAAACUGAUACCUUUGAUAUUCAAAUUAGCCGCAUAGGUGUCAGUUUUUUUUUAACUCACCCUGUAGGGUGUCCCAAAAAAAAGUGACACUAUAGAAAUUAUCCUAUUGUUAUAAUUUGAAUGCCCUAGCACUAAGUUCAUCCCACAGGUGCAUAAACUUCUGCUUCUGGAAUUUAAAAUAACUCCUAUUACCACAAUAGUCAAAUUACAAGUAAAUAAUACUAUCAGUCGAAAACGUUUUAAAAUGCUUAAAUGUAAAUACAAGUUCAUUAAAUUCCCAGGGGUGUAAUCACGCGCGUUUAAGAGCGGCUUAAAAACAAUGAGAUAAUUUCUAUAAUGUCACUUUUUUGGGGACACCCUGUACAGGGUGUAUCAAAAAAAAGGAGACCUUUAGAAAUCAAGCAUAUUGUUAAAAUUUGAAUGCCUUUUCAAUUGCACAUAUGCUGAACCGUAGUGCGUGAAAUAUUGAUGGAUGCAUAUAUUAGAAAAAGGAGAUCUUUAGAAUUUGAAAUAACGUUUAAACAAAAGAUUGUCUGCUCCUGGGAUCAAUCUGCUAUGUGCUUAGCAAAGUGCUCCAGGAUUCAAAUUUUAACAAUGGAUGAUUUCUAAAGGUCUCCUUUUUCUAAUAUAUGCACUCCAUCUAUAUUUCACGCACCACAGUUCAGCAUAUGUGCAAUUGAAAUGGCAUUCAAAUUUUAACAAUAUGCUUGAUUUCUAAAGGUCUCCUUUUUUUUGAUACACCCUGUAUAGUGGAACAUUAGCAUAUGUAAUAGGAUUAUGCGAAGGAUAUCUAAUUUGCUGGUUGAAUUAAUUUAAUGUACAUAAAGAACUGAAUAAAAACCCAGGAAAGUCAGUAACAAUUAGAGUAAUGUGUAAGAGUGCUCGUCCAAAAUUUGACGGUAAAUUCUCGGUAAGUGCUAGUCCAUGAUAAAAGAAAAACAUUGGUAGUUAUUGCUCCACCCAAAAAUGUUCUACCUCGUAUAUAUAAGUGCAUCACUAUUCUACACUUCCCUAGCCAAGCUGUUCAACGACAAGUUUGUUGCUGCAGGGAAUACCCUCCCCCCUCCUUACUUCCAUAUUUUACUCGAGCCGUAAAAGUGUUGACGCCUCAUUCAGCAGAACGGUCUUCAUGAAACUUAGCCUGCGUGUCCGCGGCUCUAUGCUUGAUAUAUAGCAACUGAAGUAAAUAAAAAUGCAUCACCAAGUAAGUACAGCUCAAUACUGCAUGCUAGGCCCAGGCUUAGUCACUGUCCGCUUAAUUUUCACCUAUAUAGAAUUAAUUGUGCAAUUCCCCUUUUUGUGAAUGUCGAUGUGCUGAAAUGGAAACUGUCAAACAUUUCUUUUCAAAUUGUUCUCGAUUUGCUGCCCAACGUAAACAAUUUCUCUCAAUUCCUGCGUGGCUGCUCCAUCCUAUGUGGAUGAAUUUACCAGAGAAUCGGAAAAUUGAAAUACUUUUGCAUGGAUCGGAAAGUCUUGGGCAUAAAGAUAAAGUAAAAUUAAUGCAAACUGUCCAAUUAUUUAUUCUAAAUACAAAGCGGUUUCAGGCCGAGUAACUUUUUAAACUUGUUUUGUAAAACAUUGGUGUGGUAAAUUCUUCCAUAUAUAUUUCUUAUAAUAAUAUGUUAUUUCAUGGAAAACUUGAGAACGAAUACCAUGCAGAUGUUCUUCCACACUAUAAUUAUCCGAUCUUUAAUUUAAAUUAAUGUAAUCCUACUCUUUAAUUAACGUUCUCUUGAAAAUAACUUUGUAAAUAUUCUGACAAAAUCUCCCUUGAUGAGCGAUGCUCUUGGAGAAAAUGUCUAUAAUAAAAUAAGUUUCAAUAAAAAUAAAACUGUUCUUGUAAUUGUACUUUUGGCCGCAUUAAUUACUGCUUUUGCUGUCUAUAAACUCAGUCAAUAAACGUUACUAUUAUUAUUAUUAUUAUUAUUAUUAUUAUUAUUAUUAUUAUUAUCAUUAUUUAAAAUGUAAUUCCUGGCCGUUUAAUAAAAAUUAGAAUAUUUAUUUCGAGAUAUUAGCGGAAAAAUUGGCCGUUAUUGUCAUAUUUUAAUUACCUUUGGUAAUCUAAUUAACUAUCGCAGUUUCGAUUGGUUGUUAUUUAUAUUCAUUCAAAUAGCUAGUUUUCCACUUUUUAUUCACUUCAGUAGCAGGCUCUAUUUCAAACAUUUAUAUAGAGUUUGACACGCAGGUUAGAUGAAACUUCAUACUGGUUGCUGCGUGACUCCUCUUUAUGUCACUCUUUAGCAUCGAAUCUAUCAAGAGGCCUUUGUUCCACAACCGAGAAAAUCCGAAAAAUCCUUAUCCAGCCUUGAGUAAGAUCUUGUAGUUAUUUCCACACAAUUGGCUUUUACAGUUCACUUGUAAACAAAUUAAAUAGUUCCAGUCCGGUUCACCUGAAAGAUCCAACACCACUAGGGGAUUAAUAUAAGCAUGUCGCAUAAAUGGUAUGAAGCGAUUGAUACUCCGGGCGGCUUCCUACAAAUUUUGCAUGCGCAUGUCAGAUAUUUCUAAAGAAUAUACAGAAACCUUACACAUAUGGGUGUGCAUCCCGUUCUAGUUGAUUGGAUUGCCAACUUGCUUAUGGACAAAAGUUAAAGAUGUCACUCACAGGCAAACCAAUUUAACUCGAUUCAGUUGUAAAACACACACUUCAAGUAAAUUUAGGUAAACCUCCCCUUUGACAAUCCCUUUAUCUACUUAUAUCCUUUUUUAUUUAUUUUGUAGAGAAAGUUCUUAUCGUGGAUGCCUUAGAAGAAAGCUGGAAGGAUGAAGUACGAAAUAAACUCGCUGAAGUGUUCAACGACAAUGGAGAAGAUCUUGUCAGAAUACUGUUCUUCCUUGAUGAAGAAGACAAAGCUUACAAAGACAACAGUGACAGACCUUACGCUCCACAAUGGAAAUCUUUGAAAUCCACAUUGAAGAUGGAUGAAGCUUUUCGACAGUAUGCCAAAAGGCUUUCAGAUGAAACAAGAAUAUCAGAAAAAGAUAAAAAAUUUCGAAAGCGUAUGAACAUCAUUUAUGAACACAUGUUGGUUCAUUGUGACGACAGAGUUGCAAUAGAAAAAUAUCAGAAAACCGAUCCCAAUCGAAUCCACGAUGAUGCGGUUUCUAAAUCGGCUUUUAGUGGUUUUGCACGGGCUUGGAGUAUCAUUCCUGCUGAAUCGAAAAUUUCUCUUAUGAAAAGCAUUAGAGAAAUCGUAGGUAAUUCCCGUAUGUCUCAAGUAGAAAAUUUUGCGCGUGUAGCAGAUGAAAUAGGAGGCACAACAGCAAUGGUGGCCCUAGCUGUAAUCCACAUCAGCUUUGAUGCUUAUGUUCAUAUCCGGCGUUGGUGGAAAGGUGAAAUAUCAGGAGAACGAUGCAUUAAAAAUGUACUGGAUUCAACGUUCACAAUAGGAGCAGGUAUAGCCGGAAGUGCUGCAGGAACUUAUGUCGGUUAUGCAAUAGCAGGUCAUUUAGGGGGUGUGCUAGGAGGUGCUGCUGGUGGGUGGUUCUCUGCUGCUGGGAUGAAUUAUAUCUCUGAUUGGAUGACACAAAUGUUGUUUGGGCUACCGAAAAAGGAAGCUUUGGAAAAUGCUUAUCGAUACCUUGGAGUGGAAAUGACUGCUUCUAACGCAGAGGUGAACACCGCAUUCCGAAAGGUUGCUCUUAAACACCACCCAGACAGAGGAGGAAACGAAGAUGACUUUUUAAUCCUUCAGUUAAAUAUGGAAGUAAUUAAACAAGCUAGAGAGGAUUCUUAAUUCAUUUUUGCAAAGUCGAUUUUUGUGGUCUUGGAAAUAUGUUUUAGUCUUUUAGCAAAAUUUUGUUACUGUUGAUGUUACAGUAAUGCAAUGUAAUCUUUAAAAAACGGACGAUUUUACUAUUCUGACAUAUUUAAUGAUGUCUACACUUAUAAAUUCAAUGGUUAAUGAAGAGAUUUUGAUAGGUGCUUGCUUGACUGUAACCAAUUGUAAUAGCACGAGUGUGAUUGCCAGGUGGUAUUUCUUUUUAAAACAAUGG